UCCAAGGACUUGGCGCGGCGCGGGGAGCGCGUCUGGGGGGUGCCUGGCAGCGCAGUAGCGCGGGAGGCGGGGAGAGGCGGCGAAGGGCGCAGGAGCAUCGCUGAGAAGCGGACGCCGCGGACCAGAUGUCUGCGAGGGAGCCGAGACUCUCCCCGGCCCCACGCCGAGGGCGACGGUAACGCUGCAGAACCGGCGAGAGCGACUCGCCGCCGCCGCUCCCCGCGCUCUCGGAGACCCCGGCGCCCGCCUUCUGCAGGGGGAGCGACCAUGGCCGUAGCUCGUGACUUGCUCCCGGGGCACUUCCCCUAGGAAGAAAUCCUCGAAAAAGUUGCAUUGGAAAAAAUCCUUGCGCUGACCUUUGGGGCUGUGGGCGCCGAACGACCGUGCGUGCGAGUGCGAGCACGAAAGCGAAAGGUGUGUGUGCAUGGGGGGCCGGCGGUGGGGGGAUCCUCCGCUGCCACUGCGCCUAGCCUAGUGCUGAGGCUCCGGCCCUCGACCGCCACCCUGGGACCCGGGGGCUGCGAUGAGCCCCUGCGGGCAGGCCCGGCGACACACGUCCAGAGGGGCCAUGGCCGUCCUGGCGUGGAAGUUCCCGCGGACCCGGCUGCCCGUGGGAGCCAGUGCCCUCUGCGUCGUGGUCCUCUGUUGGCUCUACAUCUUCCCCGUCUACCGACUGCCCAACGAGAAGGAGAUUGUGCAGGGGGUGCUGCAACAGGGCACGGCGUGGAGGAGGAACCAGACGGCGGCCAGAGUCUUCAGGAAACAGAUGGAAGACUGCUGUGACCCCGCCCAUCUCUUUGCUAUGACUAAAAUGAAUUCCCCCAUGGGGAAGAGCAUGUGGUACGAUGGGGAGUUUUUAUACUCAUUCACUAUUGACAAUUCAACUUAUUCUCUCUUCCCCCAGGCAACCCCAUUCCAGCUGCCCUUGAAGAAAUGCGCGGUGGUGGGAAAUGGUGGGAUUCUGAAGAAGAGUGACUGUGGCCGUCAAAUAGAUGAAGCAAAUUUUGUCAUGCGAUGCAAUCUUCCUCCUUUGUCAAGUGAAUACACUAAGGAUGUUGGAUCCAAAAGUCAUUUAGUGACGGCUAACCCCAGCAUAAUUCGGCAAAGGUUUCAGAACCUGCUGUGGUCCAGAAAGACGUUUGUGGACCACAUGAAAGUGUAUAACCACAGUUACAUCUACAUGCCUGCCUUUUCUAUGAAGACGGGAACAGAGCCAUCCCUCCGGGUUUAUUACACACUGUCAGAUGUUGGUGCCAAUCAAACAGUGCUCUUUGCCAACCCCAACUUUCUGCGUAGCAUUGGGAAGUUCUGGAAAAGUAGGGGAAUUCAUGCCAAGCGCCUGUCCACAGGACUGUUUCUGGUGAGCGCGGCCCUGGGCCUCUGUGAAGAGGUGGCCAUCUACGGCUUCUGGCCCUUCUCUGUGAAUAUGCACGAACAACCCAUCAGCCACCACUACUAUGACAAUGUCCUGCCCUUUUCUGGCUUCCAUGCCAUGCCGGAGGAAUUUCUCCAACUCUGGUAUCUUCAUAAAAUUGGUGCACUGAGAAUGCAGUUAGACCCAUGUGAGGACACCUCACUCCCACCCACUUCCUAGGGACUGUGGAAAAAGAAAGGACUGAGCCAGGGUAUUUUUGUUAGGUUUUCUACGUGAUUCCAAAAGGGAAUGGUCAGGUCGUUUCAUGGAUUUGCGUGGGCCACUUGGAAAAAACGACAACAAAAACUCAAGGAGAACUCUACUUUUACUGUUGGCUGGAAGGACAAAAAAAGAAGUGAAAUGUCCUAUGAAAUCUUUUAUAGCACAUUGGUGGAUGUGCAACUAGUAACAUGCUGAUGAAAUGAUGUUGGUAAACCACAUUUUCAUGGUUCAAAUAGCGAUGGUACAGUUCACAAACAAGACAAAACUCUAGUUGUUGAAGCUGAGGAAUUAAUCAAGGUGUAGUAAAUGAAAUGCCAGGGUAAAAGUGUUAGUGAUUAUCAACAUGAACUGGCUUAAUU